AUGUCAUUGGAGGCACAUCUUUCCCCGCCUACGAAUUCUACUGGAAAGGUUAUGGCAGAGGUGGUGGAUAUGAUGAUGGUGGCAGAAAAGAGGGAGAAGGUAGCGGAGAUGGUGGGGGGUGAUGAUAGAGACGAUGAUGUCAAAGGUGGGGUUGGUGAAGGUAGAGUGGUCAGCUGUGCAUGGAAUGGUGGAGGGGAUGAGGCCGGUGAUGGUGAUCGAGAAGGGGGAGGUGACAGUGGAAUAUGUAGAGGUGAGGAGGGGGGCGGUGAUGGCGGAGGUGAGGGAGGUAGGGAUGGGAGUGGUGAUUGCAGGGGUGAUGGGAGAAGCAUGUCAUCUCUUCGUAGACGAUAG